GAAUAAGUAAAAUAAAGAAAAGAUGCUCCGUUCUGCUAACAAGAAAAAGCUGAAGACAAAUACAGAGUAGACAGAGGAAGGAGUAGAGAAUUUGCUUUCAAAGAGGAAAAAAUAUGUUAUUUUUAAUAUCUGAGGCUUCUUAGUUCUGUUUUUGGCUAUCAACGUCAUUGUUUCUUUGUACGGCUUUUACUCGCAAAGCUUGUUUCUUUUUUCACGGUUUCAGCUUCCGAUUAUCUCUCACUUUCGAUCUUUGUCUUUUUGCCUUUUUAUUUUGCUUUUUAGGGGGUUUGGCUCUCUGGUUCUAUUUCCAAGUUAAAUAAAAGCAGUGGAUUAAAUUGAAAGGAUCGAAAGCAUUGGCUUUCCGAUAUCCGUUUUCGCUUUGUUUUCUCGUCUGGUUUGUUUCAAUUGCUUAUUUUAUCAGUGACUAUGGAGGAGAAGAUGGGUGGUUCCAAUGUUGAAGAUGGCGGCAAAGACCGGUUUCCAAUUGGUAUGCGUGUUUUAGCCGUUGAUGAUGAUUCUAUUUGCCUCAAAGUUUUGGAAAAUCUGCUUCGUAAAUGCCAAUACCAUGUUACAACAACAAAUCAGGCAAUUACGGCCCUCAAAAUGUUGAGGGAAAACAGAAACAGAUAUGACUUGGUUAUUAGUGAUGUUAAUAUGCCAGACAUGGAUGGCUUUAAGCUUCUUGAGCUUGUGGGGCUUGAAAUGGACCUACCUGUUAUCAUGUUGUCAGCUCAUAGCGAUACCAAGCUCGUAAUGAAGGGUAUCAGUCAUGGUGCUUGUGACUACUUAUUGAAGCCUGUUCGCAUUGAGGAGCUCAAAAACAUAUGGCAACACGUUGUGAGAAAAAAGAAACCUGACUCGAAGGAUCACAGCAAUUCUGCAAAUCAAGAUAAGGCUCAUGGGGGAACCGGUGAAGCUGGUCCGACAUCAACGUCCAUUUCUGACCAAAAGGUCAAUAAGAAACGGAAGGACCAAAGUGAAGAUGAGGAUGAAGACGAUGAAGACAAUGGACAUGAGAAUGAGGACUCUUCCACUCAAAAGAAGCCUCGGGUUGUUUGGUCUGUAGAGCUGCAUAGGAAAUUUGUUUCAGCUGUCAACCAAUUGAGUCUUGAUAAGGCUGUUCCGAAGAAAAUUCUCGACCUUAUGAACGUCGAAGGGCUCACAAGGGAAAAUGUAGCAAGCCAUCUACAGAAAUAUAGACUUUACUUGAAAAGACUCAGCAGUGUUGCAACUCAACAAGCUAACUUGGUUGCUGCAUUAGGCAGUAAAGAUCCGUCUUACUUGCGCAUGAGUUCACUGGAUGGCUUUGGGGAGUUUCGCACAUUAACCGGACCUGGAAGGCUUUCGAGUGCUUCUCUAUCAUCUUAUCAGCCAGGUGGACUGUUUGGGAGACUGAACUCCUCAGCUUCUUUAAGUCUGCGUGGGGUUUCUUCUGGUGCCGUUCAACCGGGACAUUCUCAAAUGUUGAACAAUUCGAUCAAUGGUCUUGGAAAGAUCCAGCCAGCUGUGUUAUCUGCAAACCAGAAUCAAAAUGGAACUUUGUUUCAGGGGAUCCCAACAUCGAUGAAUCUCAACCAGCUGUCACAGAACAACUCCAGUAACCCCUUUGGAGAAUUUAAUCAUGUUAACGAUCCUAAUGUUUUUGGUGUCGGUAUGAACUUCCCCGAUGCCAGAGUGACGGUUGUUAGCUCUAGUAAUACUGUACCUACCGGCUCAGGCAACCCUUUGUUGUUACAUGCAAACACACAACUGAAACAUAGUGGUGCAUUUGAAAAUCAAUCGACUCUUGGCGUGACAUCUCUGAAUCAGGAAUCAUUUGACAUGCAUGUUCGUGGUUCUAAUUUUAUUGAUCAUGGUAGAUGCAGUGAAAACUGGCAAGGUGCGGCUCAAUUAUCAAGUUUCCCAUCAAAUUCAUUGUCAACGAGUGAAGCUUUCAAUCCCGAGCAAUUGCCAACUAAUGAUUUGCAAGGAAGCAUUUCUUGGGCAAGCUCUCACCUUAGUAACAGCCAUCUUGAUCUUACUUCUCUCAUGGCGAAUUCAGCGAGUUUGGAGGACUCUAGGGGAGACAUAUCCCAUGUUGGUCUAAAUAAUAACGUAAUUCAGAAUUUUGACUAUACAACAAAGCAACAGUGGGACGAUCGGAGACACGAUUACAAUGGAAAUAUGAAUCAUUCAUUCUGCAGAGUGGACUCCCUAGUUUCUGCAAGUGGACCUGUGGUGGACCAAAGCUAUUGCUAUGUUGCCAACGAUAAACUAGAUGUUUCUUUGUUCAGUGGUGACGGUGUUUUUGUUGUUCCACACCCCGAGGGUGAGAAAUCCACUUUCGACACAAAAUUGAGAUCCAAUGAGGACUUCCUCUUUGAGCAGACUAAGUCACAGAAUGGUUUCAGUCAGAAUAAUUUCGAACCCUUGGAGCAUAUAAUGAUGUCCAUGAUGAAAUCGGACCAAAACAACGAGUCCCAAGUGAUGGAUGGGGAAUUUGGAUUUGAAGCGUACUCGCUCGGAUCAUGUAUAUGAGAAGGUUGAUGCCGAUUCUAAGAUAAACAGUGGGUUGCUGAUAGAUGAAAAUAUCCUU